AUGUUGUUCUACAGCUUUGGAUACGUCACGUCCUUCUCCCUGGGUGCUGUGUGGGUCUCCAUCAUCUCUGCUGCUCAACUCCUCUCUAGCUACUACGCUCACCUGCGGCAAGAUGGCUACCUGGUCACCAAGGCCGGCCUGCAUGCCACCUACUGGCUUACCAAGGCGUGGGAGGAGUUUGUGUUGUCGGCUGUGAUCGUGUCGGAGCCGGAGGGAGAGGUGGCUACUGGGAGACAGGCGAUGGUUGGUGAUUGGUUCUUCGUGGCGGUGGCGCUCCUUCUCUUGGUUGUCAGUCUGAGUAAUGACACCCUGGAGGUGACCCAUAAUGCUCUGUUCCUGCUGCUGUCCGUCUCCACGGUCCCCCAGAUCCCCCUCCAGGGGUACUAUGUGUUCUUCGGGGUGUCCUGUUCCCUGUUCGCCUCCGCUUCGCUCUACGGGACAUUUUGCCGCCUGAUCAACUCUAUCGCUGAGAAGAGUCUGAUCCCGGUGGGUCCUCAGCCCGUCUCCUCCGACUGUCUCCUCUCCUUCCUGUCCUGCUUUCGCUCCCCGAGGAAACUCCAGGGGGCGCUGCCUUCAUCAUCAUCAGCAUCAUCCCUGACCAAUCAGAUCCCUGACGCUCUGUUCUACCUGACCAACGGCGUGGCCGCUCUCGGCGCUCACGCGGCCUCAUCCAGUCAGAGUGUGUCCUUCCUGCGUCUGAGUGUUCCCUGGGUUCUGGUAUCUGGAGCAGUGGUACAGGGGUUCGUCAGCAGGCUGCAGGUCAGAGGAGGACAGAGGUUUGGCUCCGUCAUCCCAUCCUUCUACCUGUCUGUCUGGGCCACCUGGACAUGGUAUCGCUUCGCAGGCCCCUUGCUGCAGAUCUCUCCAGUAGGAUCCUAUGGGUUUACAGCUGGAGCCAUCGCUUUCCUGGUCAUCAACGCUUUCCUCAUGCUCAUCGCUGCGUAUGGUAACCUGGUCCUCUUGUCUCUGACCGUGGUCAUGGAGGCGGUUCUGGUGUGUUUCCUCCUGUCCACUCUGCAACAGCUCCCCUACCAGCUGGAGAUUGCCAUGCUAGCUGUGUUCUCUGUCGUCUGUCUAUAUGGAACCCUGGCAUCACUGGUCAACGGUACCUUCCGCCAGAGUGUGAUGCCCAUGGGGCCUCCACUGGUUAAGGAUGUGAAUCAGCAGCAGAAGUCCUCCCCUGCCCUGCCUUGUCCCGUGGCAGACUCCAGACUGACCAGCGGUCUUCUGAAGAUCUCCAGACUGCUGGACGACGGGGGGGUCUGUGGAAUCCCCACCGAUACGGUCUACGCCCUGGCCGCUUCCUGCAAGAACCCUCAGGCCAUCGAGAACAUCUACAACAUCAAGGACCGUCCAGCAGAGAAGCCCAUCUGUAUCUGUAUCUCCAGUGUGGAGCAGCUGGUGGCAGCCAAGCCCCCAUUCAGCUCUCUACUCUGGGAAUUCAUGAGGAAUGUCUACCCUGGAGGGAUCAGCUGCAUCGUCAGCAAGGGAGACUGGCUACUCAGACUGGGUGUGGGUCCGGCCUACGACCGCGUGGGGACCAAUGAUAGCAUCAUGAUCCGAGUCCCUGACCACACCGUCACAGGACACCUGUGUGACAUCACCGGACCACUUGCCAUCACCUCAGCCAAUCCCAGUGGAGAACCCGACAGCACGCACCACGACAUGGUCAUCAGUCGGCUUGGCCAUAAGAUCCAGGGGGUUCUGUGUGACGGGGAUUCCAACGAGAUCGUAGCCUCAACGGUGGUGAACUGCCUCAAGAUAGAUGAAGGCACGAUUAGUAUCGUGAGGGAAGGCUGCGUCCCGGCGGUGAAGGUCCGACAGAUCUUUGAGAGGGUGAAGACCAGUAUGUCGUGAGGAGGACCCUUCCCUCCGUCCCUCUAUCCUCUCUUCCAUCCAGCUCCCCUCCCCCAUUCUCUCCCUCCAUCCUCUGUUGACCAAUGACGACACUCAGAUCAGAUACUGGACCCACCCACCUCAGGCCACCAUCCAAUGUGUCUCUCCAACAUGUUGAGGAACAGUUGUUACAUAUUUAUUCUGUAUGUUGUCGACGUAAUCAUAUGUAAAUAUGUGCAUUUUAGAUUCGAUUUUCGGAUUAUAAGUAUGUUUUGUUUUGUUCUGUAUGAUUUGAUUAUGUAAAAUGAAGUGGUAACAGAAAUUAUACUCUAAUGAUGUUGUGCUCUAAAUGAGGGAUUAAUGAAGGAUGAUGUAGUUCUCUAAAUGAGGGAUUAAUGAAGGAUGAUGUAGUGCUCUAAAUGAGGGAUUAAUGAAGGAUGAUGUUGUGCUCUAAAUGAGGGAUUAAUGAAGGAUGAUGUAGUACUCUAAAUGAGGGAUUAAUGAAGGAUGAUGUUGUGCUCUAAAUGAGGGAUUAAUGAAGGAUGAUGUUGUGCUCUAAAUGAGGGAUUAAUGAAGGAUGAUGUAGUGCUCUAAAUGAGGGAUUAAUGAAGGAUGAUGUUGUGCUCUAAAUGAGGGAUUAAUGAAGGAUGAUGUAGUGCUCUAAAUGAGGGAUUAAUGAAGGAUGAUGUAUGUGAAUGUACGAUGCUGCUGGGUAUAAAUUAAUAAUACAUUAUUGUGAAGUACUGUUUAACUGGGAAUAUAUAUAUUGUUUAAUAUGGGAGAUUGACGCAGGCCAAAUGCAAACAUGCAAAAUUGAAAAGCAUUAUUUGCUUUGGCAAUUUACUGCAAUAGAUCCAUGUACAUAGUGAAGUUAUACUUUUAAAAAACUGUUGUAGAUCCAUGUGUAUAGUGAAGUUAUACUUUUAAAAAACUGUUGUAGAUCCAUGUGUAUAGUGAAGUUAUACUUUCAGAAUAAAACUCUAAUUAAAAAUACUUAUUUCUCCA